AUGUCCUCCGCCUCGUGCCUCGCCCCUCCCGCUCCAAGGUUCCGGGUUCGGCUCCCACCUCUCUCCGCCGCGAGGCCGUCACUCGGCUUCGGGCCUCGGUGUGCGGCUCCAGCGAAGGUAUGGACAUUGUGGCACGUCACAUGCUUCAGAAAUGAUCAGGAUGGACCAACAACAUCUGACGAAGGUGAUGGCUUCAAGUAUGCUGCCCAAUCACAGAGCUCAGGUGGUGCAGAGGUGAAAGAGGAAGAGGUGAGUAGCUCAAAUGAGGAGCAGGAGCAGAGUUUCAAGGACGGGGAUUGGUUCCUGCAACUGCAGAAGAUAAAAGAAAAUUUACUGGGCAGAAUAGUAAGAUUUCAGACAGAACGCUGGACAGUACCUUGGACUGGACAAACCAUUGCUCAGGUCAUGAUUUUAUGGAUUGCCACAUUUUGGUUUGUGGGUUCCUGGAUAGUGCCAUUCUUGGCUCAUGCUGCUGGGUUUAGCAAGGAAACAUUGACGCACAGAGGCCAGGCACUAUAUAGUCUCUUGACAGACAUAACAGAAGGCCUUGCUGGGAUUGCAAUCCUUCACCAAUGCCUUGGUAGAUUCCGGCCUCUUCCUCCAGGCUGGUUUGAGUUCAAUUUGAAGGGCAAAUGGCAUUUGGAUGUAGCAUUUGGGUGCCUGUUAUUCCCAGUAGUCAAUCUGCUGUCUCACAUAAACAUCAGCAUAGUUCCAAUGUCACCAGGUCCAGUUGUCGGGGUUUCCAGUGUAGAACAGUCCAUUGUGGCACGUGAUCCAGUGGCAAUGGCUCUGUAUGCAGUGGUAGUCACCGUAUGUGCACCUAUAUGGGAAGAAAUUGUGUUCCGAGGAUUCCUUCUCCCAUCUCUAACACGGUACAUGCCACUUCCAUGGUCGAUUCUAGCAAGUGCUGCUGCUUUCGCACUCGCUCACUUCAAUGCCCAAAGGGUGAUGCCUUUAGUGUUUCUUGGAGUGGUGAUGGGAGGGGUCUUUGCAAGAUCGCGCAACCUACUGGCAUCGAUGGUGCUGCAUAGCUUGUGGAAUGGCUUUGUGUUCUUGGAUUUGAUGAAAUGA